UCUUCCCUCCCGAGAAAAGCUUAACGGAGCCCUAGACUGGUUUUAUCACUCGCCAGCAACACUUGCUCUUUUCACCAACCACGCUUUCUCUUUUAUCUCCGUUUUUUUUUUUGUAUCUGUUUCUUCUCCGGAGAAGAUGGAUACGAUACAAAUCAAUGGUUCUGCCUCCGCCGCGAGAUCGAUACCUCUUCUUAAGCAGCCUAAUUACAGUAGCAAGCCUGUUCAGGAGGCGUUGAAACAUUUGGCAUCUAUCAACCUCAGAGAAUUGUGUAAUGAGGCAAAGAUUGAGCGAUGCCGUGCAACAAGAGACUUGGCAAGCUGUGGACGAUUUGUGAACUAUGUGUUGAACCCAUGUGGGCAUGCCUCCUUGUGCACAGAGUGUUGUCAGAGGUGUGAUGUUUGUCCAAUCUGUAGACAUCCACUACCAAAAUCUGGAGAUAAGCUCCGGCUUCGUCUCUAUUAUGAAUGUGUUGAAGCUGGUCUAAUUUCCCGAACCAAUGAAGAGGCAUCAGAGGAUUCAGAUGAGGAUGAACAUCAACUGGCAGCUGAUGUUCUUCGCCUUUAUUCUCUCUUUGAUGUUGCCAUGAACAACAAUCUAAUAUCGAUGAUUUGCCAUUAUAUCACCAAUGUUUGUAUGGAUGAGACAGCUGUAUCUAGUGACCCAGUCAUUGCUUUCUUGUUGGAUGAAGUUGUUGUCAAAGAUUGGGUCAAGCGUACAUUCCGGAGCAUCUUAGCUGAGCUUCAAGAAAUCUAUACUCUCGAAACAAAAGAGAUGCAAGCGUGGUUGGAUAGACUACUGAAGUGUUCGAAACAGGUGGCUGGUAUAUGUAGCGUGCUUGAAGUUUUGGAGUCGGCUUUUAAGGGUUCCGUUUCAACUCAGCUUCAUGAUGUGCAGAAGCUUAGGGAGAACAUUGGUAAAACAAAGCAGCAUCUGGACAUAAUGGUUUGGUGCAUAAGACACGGAUUUUUGGAGGAUGUGAGGUCUCGAUAUUCUAAUUUCACAUCGUGGAAUGCCCUUGUACUUGCAAGAAAGUCAAAUGCAAUUAAGCGUGCAUGGCCUGAUGCUGUAGACCAGUCUUCAGAUUGCAAUGUACAGGGUGCUUCCCUCUUUAUUGAGGAUGCUUUAGAAAAUCUUGAGAGAGAGCCAGAGUACGGUCAAGAAAUAGGGGCAGAACUAGAAGUAGGAUGUUUACAGAAGGAUAAAAGAUCAUUUCUCAGGUCCAAAAUAGAGGGAACCUCAGGGUCUUAUCCAUUUGAGAAUCUUAGAACUGCUGCUGACAUACUCUUUUUACAUGGUGGUUCAGAUCUAGUUGUUGCGAAGCAAGCAAUUUUUCUUUACUACCUGUUUGAUCGGCAUUGGACUACUCCUGAAAAAUAUUGGAAGCACAUUAUAGAUGAUUUUGCUGCUACCUUUGGCAUAACCAGGCAUUCAUUGCUGGAGUCUUUUGUAUUUUAUCUUCUCGAUGAUCACUCUGAAGACGCACUCCAGGAAGCUUGUAAGAUUCUUCCUGAAAUCUGUGGUCCAGAAACCUAUCCCAAGGUUGCGCAAGUCCUGUUAGAAAGGGAAACCCCUGAAACAGCUCUUAUGGUCUUGCGUUGGUCUGGUCGUGACAGUGUAUCAGAACUGGUCUCAAUUGGUGAAGCUGUUACAGCUGUUCGUGUGAGAGUGGAAUGUGGUCUUCUGAGUGAAGCAUUCACAUACCAGCGGACACUCUGCUUGAAAGUAAAGGAAAAUAAAUUGAAAAAUGGAGCUGUGCAUGCGUCCAAUGAUCCAGACAGCUGGAGUUGGGCGGAAUGGAUGGAGAUACUAGUCAACGAAUUCUGCUGUCUUUCUAUAAGGAGAAACUUGGUUGAUCGAAUCAUUGAGUUACCAUGGAACCCAGAUGAGGAGAAAUAUUUGCACAGAUGCUUAUUAGAUUCUGCAACUGAUGACCCGUCAGCAGCUGUGGGUAGUCUUUUGGUUGUCUUUUAUCUUCAGCGCUACCGUUACAUCCAGGCAUACCAAGUCGAUCUCAGGCUCCAGAAAAUUGAGGAGGGUUUUGUAUCUGACAAUAGAAUUGGCGAAGAAGUUAUGUCCAGAGUGCGAUCACAGAGUCGUUGGAGAAAAGAGUUAGUUGAUAGAUCCAUAGAUAUACUUCCAGUAAUUCAGCAGCAGCAAGUUAGAUCUGGACAAUUUUCUGAGAUGGAAGAUACCUCUGAAAGUCCUUCUGAAGGAGCAAAAAACUCUAAUCUUCCGAAUGCACCUGAGAUGAUUUCUUCUUCGGUUCCCAUUUCUAAUAAUUCUGUAUUUCUCCAACGGGCUAACAAUGCCAGCACUAGAGAACCAGUGGCUAAUAACGGGAGUCCAUUUCAAUCCAGUCAUUUGAUAGGAAACGCUUCCCUUGAUACCCCCCAUGGAAGGUUAUUUACAAGCGCAAAUAGGGGACAAAAGAGUGAAGUUAAAAGCAUAACCAAGACUCUGAAAUUUGGUGAAGUGUCAACUCCGUUCAAAGAUCUGAACAGAGCUCGUGGGAACAGCCACCUUAAAGGAAAAAGAACUGAAGAGCCCUCUCCAGAGACAGAUGUUGAUAGAUUCAUGGAGAAUAAUAUGAGCUCUCCUUAUCUCCGCCGAGUCACAGCUAAUAAUCCUGUAACAGUGAAACCUAGCAACAACCAUCUCAAUGGAUCUGCACAGAAACCGGAAUCAACCUUUUUUGGCACAAGGAUGCAACCAGAUAGAGAUAACUUUGUUGAUUUGGAUGAUCCAAUGGACAUGUCUUCAAGCUUCAAAGACAACAAAAAUGUGAUGGCCUCGGAGAGCAGAAAAAACAGUGGCGGAUUGAGGUGGCGGUCAGAUGAAACAAGUGAGGAAGAUGAACCGGACUUGGGCAUGGAACAAAUGACUAAUUUCGGUUCCAUGCCGGUUAAGGGAAGGAGGAGACGUAGAUUCGCGGCAAGAUGAAAUGAUACAAUCACUCAAAAAGAUCAUUAUCAGUUGUGUUAAGCAUCAUAGAGCGAGAGAGAGAGGGCAAGUUGUGUAAAGAGGGAGAGAUGGGUACAGUGAGCUUUUGUUCUCCUGAUUAUUUUUUUGUGCCGGGGAAAAGAUAUGAUUUUUGGAAUUUUGUGUUUCACUGUAUUUCUUCUUUAGUUUACCUUUUCUAGACAUUUAUCUCGGAUAUCAUUUUCAAUGAGCAGAAAUUAAUCACUACAUUUAAAAUUCGUUCAAAA